AUGCAGGCCGUUCCAUUCGUAGGUCACUCUGAAGUCGAUGUUCUCAUUAUUGGCGCUGGCCCUGCUGGCCUCAUGUGCGCGAAUGCCCUCGCAAAUGCGAGUGUGAAUGUUCGCAUCGUCGACCAAAGGGCCUCCAGAAUAGCCGCUGGAAAUGGUGAUGGAAUUUCACCUCGCACUAUUGAACUUUUGCAGAGUUAUGGACUUGCAGAGCGCCUUCUGAAGGAGUGUUGCCAAAUCCAUCUAGCGGCAUUCUACAACCCUUCUUCUACCGGCGGUAUAGAGCUUACCAACAGAACAUUAAAUGUGACAGCUCCGUCUGCAAGAUACCCAUUCGAGGCUACGCUCAAUCAAGCAGCCAUUCAAGAUAUUUUCCUAGAUUCCAUGACAUCGCUUGGUGUUGAGGUCGAACGAUCAACCAUGCCAACUUCGAUAGAGCUCUCUAAGGAUGAAGACGAAUUGGCGGAUCCUACAUCAUAUCCAGUCCGCGUUGUGCUCCAAAGAUUUGACGAAUCCGAGGGUGCACAACCAGAAGAGAUUGUUCACGCUAAAUUUGUUCUUGGUGGUGAUGGUGCUCACUCGUGGACCCGCAAACAAUUCGAUAUCACGAUGGAUGGAGAACAGUCUGAUUCCAUCUGGGGUGUCAUGGACCUUGUUCCUGACACUGACUUCCCGGAUAUCAGGAAUAAGUGCCUUGCACAAUCCAACCAUGGCUCACUUUUUGUCAUUCCUCGAGAAAAGGAUCUCAUUCGCUUAUAUGUGCAACUGGAAGAGAAAGAUGUCAUCGAUCCAGUGACAGGCAGGGUAGACAAGGAUAGAAUGGGUCCAGAUCAGAUUUUUAAAACCGCCCAGAAAUCGCUCGAACCUUUCAAGCUUAAUCGGGAGGGUGAAUUUUUGUGGUGGACGAUAUAUAGCGUUGGACAACGAGUGGCCUCGAAGUUUUCCAUCAACAAUCGAGUGUUUAUUGCUGGCGAUGCUUGCCACACACACACUCCGAAAGCAGGACAAGGAAUGAACGCGAGUAUAAACGAUAGUCAUAAUCUGGCUUGGAAAAUUGCCCAAGUUGUUCGUGGGUGGGCAAACAUGUCCCUUUUAUCGACGUACGAAUCAGAGCGCCGUAAAUUUACAUCAGAACUGAUCGCGUUUGAUAAAACGUGGUCUACCCUUGUCUGUGGCAAGCCCUUGACCGGACAGAACAGCGGUGGGGUUUCGCCCGAGCAGCUCUUGAAGACUUUCCAAACAGAUUUCACCAGUGGAAUUGGGAUACAUUAUCACCCCUCGAUUGUAGUAAAUGACACAUACCAGGAGCUGGCUGGUGGUCUCGUCCUCGGCAAACGCGUCCCUCCAUACAAAUUUAUGCGGGCAGCGGACGGACGACCAUUCGAGCUCCAGGACCUGCUUCCUUCAGACUCCCUCUUCAAGUUACUUGUGUUUACCGGUAAAUUCAGCGAUCCGCUUCAGCAAGCGAGGGUCGAGUCGAUGGUCGCGGACAUGCAGAAACCCGAGAGCUUCCUGAACCGUUACGUGACGCCUGGGAGCUCGCGAUUUGACAUCAUCACGAUCAGCAAGGGCCGGAAGGAUGAGUUCAAUCUCUUGCGGCUCCCUGCGCUUCUUCGCCCUCAUUGGUCAAAGGUAUUUGUCGAUGAUACCGAUCCCACUGCUAACUUUGGGGGAGAAGGUUACUCAUAUUUUGGAGUGGGAUCUGAGGGAGCGCUUGUUGCUGUUCGCCCUGAUGGCUAUGUUGGAGCUAUCGCGCCGCUGGAUCGCGCUGAGGUCCUUGACGCGUAUUUCGCGUCUUUCAUGAAGAUUCCUGCUUAGGCUUAACACCAAUCUUCUUCAAAUGCUGAUUCAGCGUUUCAACGAGAUAUAAUCCCUCCAGCAAUUUGUAUACCCUCAAUACUUAUUUUCGCACGGACAAGAUUCUCUAGGCUCAACGGCAGAUCUUCUUUUAAUACUGCUUCGCUGUUAAGCAAUUUCCAUACUCACAAACCAGACUUAUUCACGUGUACACUCUAUAGUAUAAUGCCAUGCACUAUUCUUCAUUC